AUGCGGAGGAUCGACAAUUCUUCAUCUCAAGAUGGGGUAGAAACUACAUCUAUUACCAGUUCUGUUGAAAACGAAGUGAGAAGACCACCAUCUAAAGCAAAACGCAGUUCGAUCAAAAGAAAAAUACCAAAUUUUAACGACGAUUCUGAUGAUACAGUUAAUGAACCGCUCUUACAGUCAGAACACGAUGUCAGUGAAUUUAAACAAAGUGCCAAAUUUGUUAGUUCAAAAUCUAAGACUGAUUCAAUAAAUGAAAGAUCUGAUAAUACAAACAUUGGAACUAAAGUACAAAAGGCUUCCCCGACGACUUCUUCUACAUUUUCUGAAAAUAUAACUUUCAAAAGUGUUACGGCAGAUAUCGCAAAUGUUAACACGUCCGUAACAGCACCUAUUCAUAACUAUAUGAAUACAAAUAUAUUUGGUGUCAUCGAUACUACCACCUCAAAAUCUACAAAAAGUUCAUUAAUUGUUGAAAUCGAUAACACUAAAUCUUCUGCUUAUAGCCCAAGUCCCUUAAUUUUUACAACGGCUAAAAUACAUACAGAUAAUAUAACAAAAGAAAUGGAACCUCUUCAUGUAACGCCAGUACCUAUUUUAUCUACUAUAGAAGGUAAUGUAAUUAAAUCUAUUCCAAGUAUACUUGAUAGCAGUGAAAAAUAUUACGACGCAGUAAAAUCUAAAAGCGAAAGUCAGCCAAAGUGUAGUAAUGAAAAUAAUCAAAGUAACAUUAAAAAUUCUUCAAUUAUCAAAGAGCAUUCAGCAACCAUCAGUUCAAAUAUUAAAUCAACAGUUGUUUCAACAAAUAUAGUAAAAUCAGCACCAGGACAGAGUACAAAACAAACUUCACUUGAUAAGCCUCAGAUAUCACAGGCCGAUUCUAAAAUCCCUAUUACUAGUUCCAAAAUUGAAGUAAUAAAUUCAAUAAGCACUAACACAUUGCAAGAUGAAAAAACUAGGACUACGGCUGUAGAUAAGACAAAGAAAGAUGUGUCAGAUAAAAUAUUGAUGGAACAAUCUAAAUUUGAAAAUCCACAAAUACCUGGUAAAACAAAUAUCGAAAAACAAAGUUUUAUGACAGAGGAGAGUCAAAAACAGACUUAUAAUGGUGAUACUGCUCAAAAACUUUCCUUAAAUUCAAAUAAACCAUCAGUUUUAACAUCAAGAAAUAUUGAAAAUAAGUCGAUUAGAGAAAUUCCUCCAAAUUCUGUGAGUAGUUUUCCUAUGAACAAGCAGUUGCAACGACAAAAGAAAACAGUAGAAGACAUUUCUAUCUCUGAUGCCAAAAAUAAAACUACUGUUUGUGAUCCCAAAGUAAAUAUAUCUCAAAAAGACUCCGCAAGCUUACUUGAAGACAAAGCUAAGGGUAGUAUAAUUAACCCGACUAUGCCAAAAUCCUCAUUAGAAUCGCCAACUAAAUCAAUUAAAGAUAAUUCUACGGAAAAAACAAAAAUUAUAAAUAAAACUAAUCCCAUAACUACUGUACCUACAGGGAAUGCCAGUAAUAAUAAUAAUAAAUCCGGUUCUUUAAGUACUACCUCAACUGGGAAGACAAAUAUUGCGGAUAAACAUGUGCCACCAUCUUCUGUGCCUGUAGUGAAACCUAAUACAAUAGACAAGCCUAGUUCUUUAACUUCAGUGCCAUUGAGCAAAGCAAAUAUUACAAACAAACCAGAUUCUUCAAGUCCUGUACCAGGGAGUUUAAAUACUACUAUCAAACCGCCUUCUAUAGCAUCUGCUCCAUCAGUUACAACAAAAACCGCGGAAAAAUCUACUACUUUAACUUCGGCGUCAAAGGGAACGGCCAAUAGUACAAUUAAGCCUGGUUCUGUAAACUCUGUGUCAAUUGAAAAGAAAAAUACUGUAGAAAAGUUUACUUCUGUAAAAUCAACGCCAAAAGAACAGACUAAUACUAUUAUGUCCAAAAAUUCGGCACAGGUAAUUAAAAGCAGUAAGAAAGACUCAGUAGCCACAUCUUCUGGCUCGAAUAUUUCUAAAUUGCCAACUGUUGCGAAAUCAUCUGGAAAGGAAUCCGUUGCAGAAAUUAAAAAGGUUUCCGAAAAGCCGAAAACGAAAAUUUCACCGACAAUAGCAUCAUCGGAUAAAUCUAACAAAAGUAUUCCUUUUACGGCUACAACUAAUGUCUUGUCAAAUGUCGCUUCUUCGGUAGGGGAUAAAAAAUUAAACAGUGAAACACAUGCGACUAGUUCAAGUUCUACUACGUCAUCAAUAAAGGAAAGUACAGUCAGUAAUUUGCCUUCGUCAUCAACCUCUGCUAAGACUAUAAUGAAGACAAAUAAAAAUAUUGAGCCGAUGUUUAGCGAAAAUAAUAAGGACAGUAGAGCUUAA